UUGGACUGUCCUGUACUGGAGUGAGCUAACACACUGGCUGAACAAGUCCGACAUUCUUCACUUCAAUGGAGGAACAGCCCAAAGAUCGGGCACAAGACAGGCAAUAUCACCACCACGGAGAAGUCAGGAACUCUAUUCAACACACAACUUAUCUGAAAAAUGAUCAGAGCCAGCUCCAGUGCCAGCAUCAGGAAACGCAGACGAAGAAAACAGGCAAUAAAAAAGUAAAUAUCAGUGACGAGGAGGGGGACAAGAAUCCACACCUGUCUGACACUGUUGGUGCAUUGCAUCCCUCCAACAGCAAUGGUAACAGACACCUGAGUCAAGCAAAUGUGAAGCAGAAGGGAACGCAGAAAUUGUACACACCUGUUCAUAAAGUGAGCAACAAAGGAUUGGAUCACAAGAAGAAUAUGGACCUUAAAAAGGAAAAGGUCUUGGAUUUAAAUCAUCAUGAGAUCCAGGCUUUGGAUAAGAAAGACUCUGUAUUGCUUCACAAUGGCGUUGUAAACUGUGGCUUUAUUACAAAUGGCUAUUCUAGCAAAGACAAUGAUGGCAGUGGCUCAGAAGGUGGAUAUACUACUCCGAAGAAACGCAAGACCAGAUGCAACAAUGCCAAGAACACAGAUAAUGUGACAAAAGAAAAGGAGAAAGAUAUGCAGCCUGGCAACACUACACAGGAACUGGGGGCUUUGAAUCUUGAGAUGACUGACAAAAGAAUGUCCUCCAGACCCGAUGGCCACAGAUCCACUCAUAAAGUAGAAGCUCACUCAGCAGCUAAACGGGCUGCUGUCAUGCCAGAGGCUUCAUUGGGUGAAUCUCAGAGGAAAAACUCUGAUGGCAAAACAGCUGGCACCUUUGGUAAAAAAUCAGAGGAAAGGCACAAAGGCAAGCUUUCCUCACCUUCAAAAGAGGACUCGUGGACUUUGUUUAAGCCCCCUCCAGUAUUUCCUGUGGACAAUAGCAGUGCUAAAAUUGUUCCCAAGAUCAGUUAUGCAAGUAAAGUUAAAGAGAACCUCAAUAAAGUAGCUCAAGGCGGAGGAGAGACAGUGCCUCCCCCUGUUAGACUGUCACAGGUUCCAAUGUCUGCUAUGAAAACUAUCACCUCAGCUAGCUUUACUAACGGUCCUGUUUCUGGAAAUGGAAACGGCUGCCCAUCAGUGGGUACCUUCUUUGCUCCUGCUGCUAGUAGUAUUCAAUCAGCCCCAUCUAUUCCAAGUGGUGAGAAUGUAGCAUCUUCUUUGGAAAGUAACUGUAGCUCUACAACAAGUCCUGUAGAUGGAGAAGCAUAUGAGCUUAAAAAGUGUACUCUUUUAAUCUACCCUUUAAAUAUGCAACCUGUGCUCCCAAGCGCUCGUCACCUUGACCCACCGGCUGCUCAGACAAAUCAGAAAGCCCUGGGAGACAUCUUCCAGAAUCAGUGGGGGCUCUCCUUCAUUAAUGAGCCCAACUUAGGGCUAGAAGGAGGAAGCGGACAGGUGCCUGCAGAGGACCAGAUUUCUGUGACUUCUCAAAGCGAGAGUCAGACUGUAGCAGCCAAGGCUGCCCAGGCCUGCUUUGAUGUGAGCCCAUCAUUCUUGGAACCUGGCACUUUGUCUCAAGACCCUGAGAAAAGGACUUGUGCCCCUUGCCAAGUGUCAAAUGCUUGUUCUCCUGUUUGUGUGAUCAUUGAGGAGGAGGCCAAGUUGCAGCCAUGUGGCCAGGAAAAAGUUAAAGUUGAGGCCAAGGGUGGAGGCUGUUUUGUGUCAGCCCUCAGUAAAGACAAUGGUGCUAAGCCUGCACAGGGCCAGCAAACCACACUGUUGUUUGGCUCUUCUAAAGAACAGGCCCAGUCUAAAGACAUUGGCAGGAGGUGUAGCUUGGGAUCUUUUGAUGUUAAAGCUGCUGUCACCUAUCACACUAAAGAAAUGGAAUCCAUUUUCAACUUGCAAAAACAAGAUCCCAAAAGAGUAGUGAUUUAUGAUGAGACCAAGGAUGGACCUGAUCAGUGAGGUAGAUGGUCUACAGUACUUCACCUUAUUUUCUUCUGGGUGCUGCAGUUAUCUACCUUGGGAAAAAAAAAAACAAAAAAAACAAAAAAAAAAAAAACAAAUCCUGUUGGAUAGAUAAA